CACAGUGCAGGUUACCUCGGGUGCAAACUUAUAUCAACUGGAUCCCGCUGAAGCGACAGAACAUGCAUUUUGCAAGACUUCUGAUUUCGGUGUGUAUCUUAAUUGCGCUAGGUCCAGUUGGUUAUGGUGAGAUCACAACGCACUACCAGCCUUCAGUAGCCGCGGAGGACAGUGAGCAGUGCUCAACAUGUGAGUACAGACAGCAAAGCAAGCUCAUGAGGCUACAAGCCAUCAAGACGCAAAUUCUGAGCAAACUUCGGCUCAAGCAAGCUCCCAAUAUCAGCCGAGAUGUGGUCAAGCAGUUACUUCCAAAGGCGCCUCCGCUGCAGCAACUCCUUGACCAGUACGAUGUACUUGGAGAUGAUAACAGAGACGGAAUAGUGGAAGAUGAUGAUGACCAUGCCACCACCGAGACCAUCAUGAUGAUGGCCACAGAGCCGGAUCCCAUCGUUCAAGUGGACCGGAUACCCAAGUGUUGUUUUUUCUCCUUCAACCCGAAGAUUCAACCCAGCCGCAUUGUCAAGGCGCAGCUUUGGGUACACUUGCGACCAUCGGAUGAGGACACCACAGUAUUUCUACAGAUAUCGCGACUGAUGCCCGUCUCGGACGGAAACAGACACAGGAUCCGGUCUUUGAAAAUCGACGUAAAGGCAGGGACCAAAUCAUGGCAAAGCAUAGAUGUCAAACAGGUUUUGGCAGUGUGGCUAAAACAACCAGAGACCAACUGGGGCAUUGAGAUAAACGCAUACGACACACUGGGAAGUGACUUGGCUAUAACCUCUACAGACCCAGGAGAGGAAGGACUGCAACCCUUCAUGGAGGUAAAGGUCUCCGAGGGGCCCAAGAGGACCCGCAGGGAUUCGGGCCUGGACUGCGACGAGAACUCCCCCGAGUCGCGCUGCUGCCGGUACCCUCUGACCGUGGACUUUGAGGACUUUGGCUGGGACUGGAUUAUUGCCCCCAAGCGCUACAAGGCCAACUACUGCUCCGGGGAGUGCGAGUACAUGCACCUGCAGAAGUACCCCCACACCCACCUGGUGAACAAGGCCAACCCGCGCGGCUCCGCGGGGCCCUGCUGCACCCCCACCAAGAUGUCCCCCAUCAACAUGCUCUACUUCAACCGCAAGGAGCAGAUCAUAUACGGCAAGAUCCCCUCCAUGGUGGUGGACCGCUGUGGCUGUUCUUGAGUCUGUCAGUCAGUUGAUCCCCCCCCCAACUCACUCACACACAGUCAAUCAGUCUCGCCCUCUCGCCCUCUCCUCCUCUUCCUCCUCCCACUCCCACUCCUACUCCUCCUCCUCCCCUACCAACACCACCACCCUCUCUCGCAGGACUUGUGAAACAUAAUCACUUCACCUAUUUAUCAGUGCUUUCUCUCACUGUGCGAUAGAGCGAGAAAAAAGAAAGCCACAGGGAUGCUUGCUCACCAGCCCGUUGGCUGGGUAAUACGCAUCACAUGGAUGUACUGAUGGAAUGUCAUAGAUUUGGACUUGGCAAUGGACAUGGCAAAAACAAACGAGAGAAAAUUUAAUGACAUUCUCAGACACAGACACACACACACACACACACACACACACACACACCUCCCCCCCCCCCCCCCCUCUCUCCUCAUCCAUUCAUUCUUGCUUGGUGUUUUCUUAAGUAUCACUCACAUAACAUACUCCGUCCUAUACACUUUCUCCUGCCUGCACUUCUGUCACAUCAUGUCCAAAAAUACCCUACGCUACAUAGUACACAGACGGAGCAAGAAUGGCCGACAGUCAGAUGACACCGUCUUUUAACCCAGACGUCAUUUCUUUUUAUAUAAUUGUAUCUAAAGUGAGAUGGAGAGGGACUCGAGAACAUUUUGACAAGAGCUGGGAAUCCUAUCUGAAGUGUUAGAGUUUGGACUCCAGGCCCGGGGCUCCCACGGAUCGCCAUGCAGUACAUGCCAAAACAGUCAUCGUGUCCUGAUAACAGCGUUACCAUUACUCAACCUGCUUGAACUGCCCUACACACUUGAAUUAUUAUAUGAAUAUAUGUAUAUUGUACAUACAUAUAUGUAUUAAAAUAAAUCAGCAUUACUGGAUGGUGAAAAAAAGGAAGGACUUGAACCUGAGGCACUACGAAUGCAGCAUACACAUAAUGUUGAAUGUGUAACAAAAAAAGGCAGAGGUAUAUGAAAAGAAGAAUGAAUGUUUAAAACCAUGCUUAAAAACAACUCUGUCUUUUCAAACAACACAGUUUGCACUAUGGCAGACCAAUAGAAGUCAUUGGUUGCUAAAAAGUUGUAAAAAACUGAUUUUGAUAUGUUUGCUAAUUGUAUAAUAUGCCAUUGUUUCCAGUAGCAGUUUACUUUUUUAACCUCUGUUAGUGAAUGUAUAAGGUCACAUUCUAGCAACAAAGUGCACAAUAACAAAUCUAUAUAUCUGUACAAUAAAUAAAGGUGCUUGCUCUACUAAGUCAUUUAUGAAUUAGUCUUCACUUAACCACAGAUUAGAUCAAACUGUUUUGCAAAAAUGUGCAAGGACUCUACAUAUUGUGUAAGAAAUGAUUCACACAACAGAGAAACAUUUUGUCUCACAACUUGGAUCAGAUUUGAGGAAACAGAUUCCGUGAGAGAAUGAAAAAGUUGUUGUGGAAUCAUGUUGCUGCAUAAGUGGCAUGGACUAAGGAAUAAAGCUUUGU